AUGGGCAACACGUGUGUGCCACAACAGGGGCUGCGCUUCAAGAACUUUGUCGUCGCCGUCUUCACGCAGGACCCGCAGCACGGGUCUGUGCGGGAUGCGUUCGGCAACCUUAAGGACUACGUCGCCAGCAACCCCGAGCGCAUCCCGCGCGUCUGCCGCAAGAUCUCGAAGCUGCUGGUCAUCCCCCUCAGGCGGCACAAGGUGCACCGCGUCAUGGUGGGGGUGCAGAUGCUGCGGGACCUAAUCGCCCAGUCCGACGACGUGGGCGGAUUUGUGCCGCACUGCAUUAGCAUUUGCUCCAUGCUGCUCUCCCACUACACCGUGGAGUACCGCGUCGGUGCCGCGGAUGUGUUAGCCAUUUUGUGUUACAAACUGUCCCGCCGCGUGGACGUCGAGCACUCCUGUCGUCUGCUAACGGACAGCCAGGAAAAGCUGCUCCCCCCGCUGGAGAAGAUGUGUCUAGAGACCAUCGACAAUGACGAUGCCGCCACACUGCGGUGUCGCUACGCCGCAAUUGUGGCGCUAGGGAACGUUAUAUAUUGUCUACAUGGCGCCUUGGCAGAUAUUGCUGGUCGCCAGAAGGUAGCCUUCUUGCAAAACCUUUUCAACGCAAUGCGUGCUGGGGGUGAGUCACAGUGGCCCAAGCACGAUCCCCCCGUGGUGCUCCUGCAGCACAUCAAAAGUGGCCCAUUCGACAGCGUUGCACUUCCCACCGAGCCGAGGCAGCGGGAUCUUGCGUGCAUCAGCGCAGCGUCGUGGGGCAUAGGCGCGGUGGUUGGACGCGUGUCAACCGCCGGAAUAUAUCAAUUUCUGCAGCUUGUCUUGGAGUUCAUCGCGUCCUGCGACGGAUGGUCGGUGCCGGGGUUCGCGAGUGUCACGUUGCGGUCAUUGGCGCGGGCGUUGGAGUGGCGACCGCAGCAGCUCGGCUUCAGUGUAUGCCAGUGCCUCUGUGAGAUGGUCAUGGCGCCCCGAAAAAAGGAAGAGGAGACGGCGAAGGUGCAGGAGGGCGUACUUCGUGCCCUCAUCGUCUGCACGCACGAAGUACGCAUGACAGGCGGGCGUCCACAGCUGCUGUUCGAGUUGCUCUGCAAAUGUAUGAGCAGGCCCAACCAGACGGAGGACUACAACAACCUCCUCCUCCAGCUGCUGGCGACGCUCAUGUACACAACCCACAGGUGGCGCAAUGCUCCGCGGCUGCACCUCCUCCUCGUGGGGCUCUUGGGUGCGUGCCAGGAGCCGACGUCGAAGAACGUGAUGCGAGGGCUGCGCGCCCUGGCAGUGGCCGCGCCGUACGUGCGAGCUGUUCCGCUAACCGACCGCACCGACAUCAACUUCGCAGGCGCCAUCGCGCCUUUCCUCGCGACACACGACGCGGCACAGACCUACGCCGCCCAGGUGCUAGUUGGCCUCCUUGCGGGGAAAAUUCCACAGCAGGGCCCCGCCGCGGACGGCGGCGUCUUCGAGGCUGCGACGGAGAUGGCGGAGCCGCCGCCGCCACUCGUAACGGACGAGCAGGACGUGGCUGUGGCGAAAAAUUGGGUUCUGUCGCUUCUUGCCGGCGCGCGGCCGGUGACACCGACGUGCGUCAUUGAGGUGGGGCGGGUGGUGGCGGCCGUGAUGCAAAGCCGCGGCGCCGCCGCCUUGCCGUUUGUCCUCGCCGUCGUUUCACAGCUGCAGGCGUUUGUGGCGAACGACAAAAAAAUUCCCGACCUCCACGUGGCGUGGGCGCAUCUCUCGCUGGUGGUGCUCGUGAACUGCGGGGAGGUUCUCGCGCUGCCGCAGCUCUUGCGCUACGCGGCGGACUUGCUGCAGCAGCGCCGCCACCGCAGCGAGCUGGCCAAGCAGUUCAGCUCGCGACUGACGGACGGGGCUGUUGGGGCGCUGCACCUCGCCGGGGGCAGCAAUAUGCCGGAGGAGCCGCUGCGCAGUCAGCCGGCAAGUCACCCGCCGCUGACGCUUCUCAUCUCCUUCGAGGCCGUCGCGGAGGCCAUCGCGGGGGACGCCGGUGCGGCGGUGUACGCCGCCUUCGGCGCCCGGGCUGCGGCUGAGCUGAAGGCGGCCAUCGUGGGCGCACUUUUGCGCCCCGACGCGGACGACGUCGGCACCCCGCCACCGACGCCGCGCGCCCGCGCCCGCGCCCAGUCCAGGCCCCACUUCAGCCUGGAGGCGCCGCGCCGGUGCCACGGCAACGAGGGUGCGUCCGUCACUGUUUCCGUCGUGGAAGGCGGUGCAGCGGCGGGGGAUGCUGCUGCGCCUGCCGCCGCUCCCUCCUCCGGCAGGCGGGAGCUCUUCACGGGGAGGGCAAGGGACAGCAUUGCCGGCCUCCUCGCACGCCACUGUGUUGUUGCGACGACGCAGCUGGGGCAACGGCACGCUCGCGACGCACUGCUCGCCCCCGCGAUAGAGCGAAGGGAAAAAACCACGAAUGCUGGGAAAACCGCGGCGGAGGCGGCAGCGGAGGACGCGGGUGCCGCAAAGAACGGCGCCACAGAUUCUCGGGGGUUAUACGCGGCGGCGGGUUCCUUUUGCAGGACACCCAUCAGCCCCAACGCCCAGUCGACCCGGUCAAACCCGAAAACGCGCAACCAUACGUUUGCCGACGAUGGUAAUGGCUUCUUAGACGGGCCACCCGACGUUGUCAGUGCUGAUGCCAGAAAACGGCACAGUCGUGCCCACAGCAGCUGCAGCGUCUACAGCAACACGCACGGAGGUGCGGGGGAAAGAAGUGAUGAGAGAGUUGCAGCGAAAAACGACAACGUUGCGGUAGCAGUGGGCAAGGACCGGCCAGUACGUAAUUACGUUGAUUUACUUUGA